GGUGCCGACAGAGAGUUGCAUUACUGUAUAUAUUGUGUUCUGCACAUGCUCCGACUGAAUACAAGAAAAGGAGUUUAUUACGUUCGCGGUGUGUUUACAUAAUAUUGUAAAUAAAUUAUUUAUCGCGUGUGAUAUAUUUAUAUGUAUUUACUCGACGUGUGAAGAAAUGGCGUUUACGUUCGGAAGUCCAGCGGUCACCUCUGCUAGCACGGGUUUUGGAUUUACGGCGCAAAAACCAACGACAGGCUUUGGUUUGACCAACACGUCGUUCGGCACUCCCACUACAACAUCUGGCACAUUAACAUUUGGCGCACUGUCUACUCCAACGACUUCUAUAGGUCUCAAUUUCGGAUUUGGUACUUCAGCAACCUCUACACCAGCACAAUGCAGUAAUCUCCUUCUAGGAUCCAACACAGCUACUACAAUGACUACCGCUCCUAGUUUAUUUCCUACCCCUACAACAUCCACACCCUUAUUCACGGGUCUCAGCUUUGGUACACCAGCUACAACGAACACUCUAACUUUUGGUGCCACAUCUAAUACAACAGCAACAGGAAGUUUAACUUUUGGUACAGCUACUACCAACACUCCCUUAUUCGGUUCUGGAACUGGAAGCACUUUAUUGGGUUCAAAACCAACGACUGUUCUUACUACUACAACUACCAGUAAAGGACUUGGUGGUUUAGAUGUUUCUGUUAAUAAUAAGGGUCUUUCUCAAGGAAAUAGUAGUUCAACAGCAGCCAAAGAGAAUCUAUUGCCAAAUGAGCUUAUGCAAACUAUAGACAAAUUCAAGGAAUUUGUAAAAAUGCAAAAAGGCCUAUCUUCUGAUAUUGCAAGAGGUUCGGCAAGACCAUUAAAUCGAUGUGCGGAAGAUACAGCGUCCCUAAUGGAAAUGUUGUCCACGUUAUCUGGCUCAGUGCAACGAGAUCGUUCUUCAGCUGAUAAGCUGAAGCAAGAUACUGCUAGAGCAUUGCAAAGUUCUGAAAUUGCUCAAAGAACACAUGAUACUCCGGCUGGUUUGCAAUAUGAAAAUAAUAUGCCCUUACAGUUCUUCAUGGAAUUAGCUGAAAAUUUCGAACAAGAUUUGAUGUUAUUCAGAUCACAAAUUGAGACAACUGAGAAACACAUACAAACUAUGAUGGCGCCGAGAACUUUAACCCCACAAGAAUUGACGGCGACCAUGAGUAAGCUUCACGAGUCUUUAGUAGCAGUAGCUGGCCGACUGCAAAGUGUGCAUGCUAAAGUACAACAACAGAAAGAACAGUAUCUCAAUUUCAGGAAAUACUUGUUGAAAGAUAACACCAAUGUUUUCGACAGUAUUAAGGUGAACAAUAAAUCUAAUCGAAGCAGCAUUGGCAAAAUCACAAGUGGUCCCACUCCUUUUGGACCAGGAAAUAAAAACUUUUUGUCAUCGACGACAUUAAACUCAAAUCGGCCAGCGAGUUACGAAACACGAAAUCCUUUAGUUUGGGAAAGUUCAACACCAGUACCAUCUGCUACUAAUAUUGCUAUAGGCUCAUCUACGAAACCGCCAACAGCAAGUUUAAAUUUUAAUGCGCCAAUUAAUUUGACUUCACCGUUGCCAGUAAACGGAACCAGCUCAAACUUUCAACUUCAAAAGCCUCCCGUUGGAAAUAAACGAGGGAAACAUUGAUCAUUCGUUUCGAAUUAUUUUUUUAUAACACACAAUUGUUAUCUUCAACACACGUUGUAAAGUCUCCUCUACCAGAUUGUUAACGUUAAUAACCGUGUUAAAGCAAAAGUAUUUUUAUAUUGAUCAUUAUUAAUCAUUGUGAUAUUCUUAUCUUUUUUUUACAUGUGUUGUCGAUAUAUACAUAGCUUUAUUGGAAUUUGUACCUUAUGUUACAGAUAUUCCGUAUCUUACACAUCAACCAUACUUUUAUAUUAUUAAAUAUCUAAAGUGUAGUUAUUUUGUAAUUGUGUGUGUGUGUGUGUGUGUGUAUGGUGUGUAUGUAUGUGUGUAUGGUGUGUAUGUGUGUGUGUGUGUGCAUUCCUAGUGCACAGAUGCAUUAAAACCAUUUUCUAUUAAACCUCUAAUGAAUCCCAAUGUAAAUGUGUACAUGUAUUGUCAUAUGUAUAUAUCUGUAACUAUCUUAUAUUUGAUGACAAUGCGAAAUACUGCAAAAAUUAAUAAUGGCAAAUAAUACAUUCAGUUAAAAGAUCUAAAUAAUAUAUUGUUAAUGGAAUUAACAAUAAAUAUUGGUCCCUUUCUCGAAUAUAGAUACUUGAAAGAUAAAAUGGACAAUGUUUACGAAACGGGGAAAAAGGUAAUAUUAUGCUUUAUGCUUAUUAGAAAUUGUAUUUAAUCUAGACGAUACCGUUAAAUAUAAAGUAUAAAAGUG